AUGUAUAAACGAGGAAUUGCUACCAAACUCCCAACAGACACACAUUCACACAUUCCAGAAAGAAUUUUUUCUUUCCCAGCCUUUUUAUAUAAAACCUCUCUCGUUUCCCCAACUCACAUUCUCUUUCUUUCUUUCAACUUCCCCCUCCUUUUUUCCUUCCCUAUUCCCUCUCUUUCGUCUAUUCAAUCUCUCUAUCUGUUUUCUCCUUCUCUCACACGCCCCUUUUCUCUCACUUUCUUCCUCCCUCCCUCCUUCUUCCUUCCUUUUCGUUCUUCAUCCAUGAAUCCUCUCUAUUUAUUCCUCAUUCGCUUCAUCCAUCCCUCACUUUUUCUUCCUCUCUACUUCUUCCCCCUCUUCCUUCUCAUUCUUUCUGUCUCUUUCUUUUCCCGCCAUUCCUAUCUCUAUUUUUCCACCCUUCCUUUCUUUGCUACUUUUUUCUUCCCCUUCUUGCUUACUUCCUCUUUUUUCUUAUUCGCUCGCUUUCUCUCCCCGUUUCUUCCUAUCUCUCUUUUUCCCUCCUGCAUUUUCCUUAUGUUUCUUUUAUGUCCUUUCCUUUCUCUUUCUUUCCCUAUUUUCAUCCCUCUCUUCGUCACACGAUUUGUCCUUUCCUUUCUCCCUCAUUCUGAAUUUCUUCUUCCAUCCUUGCUUAUUUUUUCUCCUUCUCUCUUUUUCUCUCUCUCUCUCUCUCUCUCACACAUUUUUUUAAAUUUUACUUCAACUUGCUUUAUUAAAUCUCCUUCUAUAUUUCUUUCUUUAUUUAUUUCAUUUUUUGCUCAUUCAUAUGUCUUCCUUAAACUUAGUUCAGCACAUUCAAAUUGUCCAGAAUAA